AUGGCCGCACAAGGACAAGGCGAACAGUAUUUUGCGACCAUAUUGAAUGGCACACUAUCACCUGACCAGAAACUCCGAAAGGAAGCUGAGGAUCAGUUAUUCUCAGCGGAGAAACAACAGCCGAAUUUUUCAAUAGCACUACUGAAAUUAGUCGCAAAUGAAAACAUUGGUUUGGAGAUCCGCUUUGCAGCGGCUCUUUUUUUCAAAAACUAUAUCAAGAGAAAUUGGCUCGAGGAGAGCGAUCUACUUCCCGAUGAUAUUCGAAUGGCAAUCAAAACGGAGAUUAUCGAUAUUUUGGUUGCUGUACCCGACAGGAUAAGACCGCCCCUUAGCGAUGCUGUAUCUCUGAUCAGCGAGAGUGAUUUCCCAGAGAAAUGGGAAACUCUCAUUCAGCAACUUGUGGCGAAAUUGACUGUCAAAGAUUUUACACAAAAUAACGCGAUUUUAGAUACUGCACAUGCUAUAUUCAAAAGAUGGCGUCAUGAAUUUCGUUCAGACUCGCUAUAUUCAAGCAUUAAUUUUGUACUUGGUCAAUUCUGUCAACCUUAUUAUGAAUUACUAAAGGCGACAGAUUCUCUAAUUGAAGCAAAUGCCAACAACAAACCAGUGCUUACAGUGUUAUUGCAAAGCUUGCUAUUUGAAAUGAAAUUAUUUUAUGAUCUCAAUUACCAAGAUCUGCCGCCUUUCUUUGAGGACAACAUGGCGGAUUGUAUGAAUUUACUUCACAAGUAUCUGACGUACACAAACCCUUUAUUCGCAAAUGAUGAUGAUGACGAGGCCGGUCCUCUGGAGAAAAUAAAAGCAUCCAUAUGUGAGAUCGUUGCCUUAUAUACAGCAAAAUUCGAAGAUGUUUUCACAAUGCUUCCAACGUUUGUAGAAACGAUAUGGACAUUGCUGACGACUACCGGAAUAUCGCCCAAAUAUGAUAUUCUUGUCAGCCAAGCCAUGGUCUUUUUGACUACGGUUGUCAAGUUGGAGCGAUACCGAUCGCUUUUCAAUCAACCAGAAACGCUGCGGCAGUUCUGUGAAGCCAUAGUGCUUCCAAAUAUGACCUUAAGGAGCGUCGAUGAAGAGUUGUUUGAAAUGGAUCCAAUUGAAUACAUUCGAAGAGACAUUGAGGGAUCAGACAGUGAAACUCGUCGACGAGCGGCAACUGAUUUUGUCCGAGGCUUAAUGGUACUUUAUGUGGAACAGAUUACUCAGAUCAUCAAGACCUAUGUGGAACAGUACCUUAAUACUUACAAUCAAAAUCCGGCAGUCAAUUGGAAAGAAAAGGAUACAGCAAUAUAUCUAUUGACGUCUAUUGCUGCGCAGGGAUCUGUGACGAAACAUGGCGUUACAGUCGUAAACUCAUUUGUAAACGUUGUUGACUGGUAUGACCAACAUAUAUUACCCGAUCUUAAAACUCCAAUUGACAGCGGUUCCGCUAUUCUAAAAGUUGAUGCCUUAAAAUAUCUAUACACCUUUCGUAAUCAGAUGUCCAAGGAGAAACUUCUCGAGGCCUUUCCUUAUCUGAUGCAACAUCUGCGAUCUUCUAGUUACGUUGUAUAUACUUAUGCUGCAAUCACUAUAGAAAGAAUUUUGUUCAUGAGACGAGACAAUGUUUUGGUAUUCAAUCAGAAUGACAUUCGACCAUACACGCAUGAUCUUUUGAUUAUACUAUUUGGAUUGAUCGAAUCUGCGACUACCCCGGCGACACUGGCAGAGAAUGACUACUUAAUGAAAGCGGUGAUGCGGGUGCCGUUUACUAGUCGUGAAGAAAUAUCUCCGUAUGUGGGAGAUAUAAUUGAUCAUUUGAACAAAAUAUUAAUUGUGAUAAGCAAGAAUCCGAGUAACCCCCAAUUUAAUCAUUAUACAUUCGAGGCUAUUGGCGCUUUGCAAGAUGUAACUGAGUUUGUGCCUUAUGUUUUUCAAGUGCUAUCCUUAUUACUUGAAUGUCAUACUGUACAAGAAUUGCCGGAGAUGUAUCAAGCCAUCUUGCCGGUAUUGCUAAAAUCCAACUUGUGGGAAACUCAAGGCAACGUACCUGCGCUGGUACGUCUACUCCAAGCCUAUCUUCACAGAUCAACAACAAGUAUCAUCGUCAACAAUCAGCUUGAAGCGAUCCUUGGUAUCUUCCAAAAACUUCUUGCUUCCAGGUUGAACGAUCAGCUUGGACUUGAGCUUGUCUCUUCAGUCAUUCGAUAUGUGCCCACGGUGACUUUGAAUCACUAUAUUGGGCCCAUAUUUAUUCUUAUAUUAAAAAAAUUACAAAACGCAAAGCAGGACAAGUUCCUAAUUGCAUUUGAUAAGUUUAUAUUUUGCUCUUUUGCAAUCGAUAAGGAGGGAGCUGGACCAGAUUAUAUAAUCCAAGUCAUUGACAGCAUCCAGCCAAGUUUAUUCAUGGGACUCCUCAACGGGCCCAUUAUGCAGAAUUUGCAAAAGGUCCAAGGAAGAAUCGAACGCAAAAUUUGUGCCGUGGGAAUGACGCGUCUUUUGACCAAGUCUGAAAAAGUCAUGGGCAGCGAAUAUGCUGAAGUCUGGCCUAUUCUUCUCGGCAUGCUCGUUCGAUUCUUUGAGGCACCAACAGAGAUUGAGACGCAUGCGGAUGCUGAGGAUAGUCUAUACGAAUUUGACCUUGUCGAAGAUCGGGAGUUUAAGGCACAGUUUGCCAAGCUGAAUUCAACAUCUCGCGUGAAUGACGACCCAGUGGAGAACGUUAUCGAUCCGCGAGUAUUCUUGGCGCAGUCACUUGUAGAGGCAAACCAGCGAUAUUCUGGGACGAUAUUCAGAUUGAUAACGGAAAAAGAGCCUCGCGAGUGUGUUGACUAUAUCAAUGAAUACAUGAAACUUGCGGGAUUGGGGGGUCUACUGUGA